AUGGAUCAGGUUGUGAACGAGCAGAGGGUGAUGAGGGCCGUGGAUGCGAGCGGGCGAGAAGGGUUCUUGCCGUUGCGUGCGAGUCGGCACGAUUCUCAGAAUUUCUAUUUGGUCACGCCGUACUGUUUCAAGGGUGAUCUUGCGCGGGUGAUCCAAUUCUGGGGCAGCGGCAAGAUACCUCACUCCCUCAGCCGGUACUACGCUGCCAAGCUCCUAAAAUUAUUGGAAGGGCUUCAUGGCUUUGGUAUCAUACACAGGGACUUGAACCCUGCCAAUAUCCUUUUCGACGCGGAAGGUUGCCCUCUCAUCGGCGACUUCGGUCUGGCUAGGAUGUUUCAUGUCUCCUAUGACCUUGAUGGUGAGGUGCUACUGCCAAUGACGGGUCUGUUCGAUCGGAAGGCCGACAAGCCUGCAAAGCACACCUACUUGAACUGCGGCACGACCGCAUACAUGUCUCCUGAGGCGCUCAAGCGUCACCUUUAUUCGUACGAAUCUGAUCUUUGGUCGUAUAGCUGCAUCUUGUAUGAGAUGCUUACGGGUCGCGCUGCCUUUGCCAGUGCGGACGCCACACUGAGCGAAGAAGCAGCAUUCAAACCCUGUGACUCCGUCGACCCGUUGACUCAGAUCUUUGUCCAUCUCGUGCUCAACAAGGAGCGCGCUGACAGACCGAAGCUUUCUGCGAUGAAGUCGCACCCCUACUUCAUAUCUAUUGACUGGGAGAGGAUCUCAAAGAACGAGAUCAAACCGUCGUGGGUCCCGCUUACCCGAAACCCAUUCAUGCGCUCCUACAUAUAUCUCUCCAUUGGACCUCCAACCUCCCCCAGUCAAGACCCGUCCCCGGACUUUGCUUUCACUUCUCCUGAUCUAUUCGAUAUCACUCUGCCUCUUACCAAGGAGACGGAGUCGUCUACCCCUCCCUGUGACCCCACCGCUGUCGAGUGCAGCGCCUUGCGCGGGUUCUUCAGCAAAGCGUUUGGGUGUAUCAAACCCACUACCCCAUCCCUAUGUGUCUCGAACAUCCCACCGUCCUCAGUCAAGGAGGCCCAGGCUGUUGCCCUCAAUAUUUGCCCUGAUUUGACCAAGUGCGGCGCUGGAGGUGACUUCAUCUGCACAACGUCCACACGCUCCAGGGCUGGUGAUUUGUCCACUCCCUCUUCCUCCUCUCAUGCCUCUGCAACCAAUCUACUGGUCCGUGAGCGGCAGGCCUUGAUGAAGCACAAAGCACUUCAAUGCGACGAAGACCCAAACAUGUUCGACAGUCUCGAUCAAUCUUCAACACAAUUAUGCCGGCCUUCUCUCCCCGCAAAGAUCUCGGAGCGUACCUGUGUGCGUGUGGCGUCUAUGAAGCUUCUCGAUGCUAGCGCACCUAGCUCGAAAGUCGGAAGGUGGAUGAAAAGGUUGCGCGCUGGAUGGAAGGCGAAGAAUGACUGA